AGCGAGCGAGCGAGAGGGAGAGAGAGAGAGAGAGAUGGCGUUGACAGAGAAGCAAGAAGUGCUGGUGAAGGAGUCAUGGGAGAUCCUGAAGCAGAACAUACCUGAAUACAGCAUCCGUCUCUUCCUGCGGAUAAUGGAAGUUGCCCCGCAAGCCAAGAACAUGUUCUCCUUCCUCAGAGAUUCGGACGAGAUCCCCCAGAACAACCCCAAGCUCCAAGCUCAUGCCGUGAAGGUCUUCAAGCUGACGUGCGAAUCAGUUAUUCAACUCCGGGAAUGCGGCGCGGUUGCGAUCGCAGGUUCGACCAUGAAGCACUUGGGCUCCGUUCACCUGAAGAUUGGAGUCACCGAUCGCCAGUUCGACGUGGUGAGAGACGCGCUGCUGAGAACGAUCGAAGAGGCGGUGGGAGAGAAGUGGAGCGAGGAGAUGGAGGGUGCAUGGGGCGCAGGCUAUGACCAGUUGGCUGCAGCCAUCCAGGCAGAAAUGAAGGACGACGCAGUUCCGACCGCUAAUUAACCGUUCGGUUUUUUAUUAAGUUCACUGUCGGUCGUUUAUCGUAAGUAUAUGAUCCUUUCAAGGUAUGGAGUGCGCAUGAGAGAGAGAGAGAGAGAGAGAGAGAGAGAGAGAGAGAGAGAGAGAGAGAGAUUUGAUAUGGUUUUCUGUGUGAUGCCCUUGUGAAAUAUGGAAAAAUGGAUUUGUAGUGGAUUGAGAAUAAUAGUGGGAUCAUCUCUUUUCAUCUUUGGUGUUAUGAUUAUUUAAGAUGAAAAAUGAAAAGUCAAAUGAACCCUACUACUAUGAA